AGAGUGUGUGUGUGUGAGUGUGUGUGUCAGAGAGAGAGUGUGUGUGUGUGAGUGUGAGUGUGUGAGUGUGUGUGUGAGUGAGUGUGUGUCAGAGAGAGUGUGUGUGAGUGAGUGUGUGUGUGUGUGUGUGAGUGUGUGUGUGUGUAUGUGUGUCAGAGAGAGAGAGAGUGUGUGUGUGUGUGUGUGUGAGUGUGUGAGUGAGUGAGUGUGAGUGUAUGUGUGUCAGAGAGAGAGAGUGAGGGCGAGUGAGUGCACAGAGAGCACAGAGCUGAAGAAGUACAAGUGAAAAGCACAAAGAUCAUUUACACUCAUGGAGAGAUUAUAGAGCGGUUGUCAGAGACUUCAUCACUGUAUAAAUGGACGAGUAAGCAGCUGCUUGAGCAAUGAAGGAAUAUUAGUACACUAAACUCUGGAGAUUUAAGCAGAACCUCUCAGACAGCAGAAAUAAGCAGCUAUAUAAAGAAACAUCCUGUCAAACACAAUGACAACCAUUUGGCCGAUGAAACGCUUCAUCAAUCACACCAUCAGUGCACCGAACAGCACCGCGACACCCACAUCCUGUCCUCAUGUGGAAGAUGAGAACUUGCGGGUUCCUCUGGCGGUCCUCUACUCCCUCAUCUUCCUGUUUGGCCUGGCAGGAAACGUGCUCGCUUUGUGGGUCUUCCUCUUCCUCCACUCGCGCAAAAAUUCGGUUCGCGUCUUCCUCAUCAACGCGGCCUUCGCCGACCUGUUGCUCAUCGUUUGCCUUCCGUUCCGUGUGUUCUACCACGCUCGGGGGAACCGCUGGACGCUGGGGCCGCGGAUGUGUACGGUGGUGGGUAACCUCUUCUACAUGAACAUGUACGUGAGCAUCAUGCUGUUGGGUCUCAUCAGUCUGGAUCGCUAUCUGAAGAUCUUCGGCGUGAGGAGAUUCUGGUGCUGCUGCAGGCUGCGCUGGCUCAGAGGAAGUCGCUGGAGUCGGGUGGCAUGUGGGCUGCUGUGGACGUGCUCUCUGGUGAUGGUGGUGCCCAUGAUCGCUCUACCCGAGGCCAAAGGAGGAGCAGGAAAGUGUUUCCAGUACAGGAAGAGGACGGAGGCCCGAGGGAAAGCCUAUUUCAACUAUUUCCUGGUGGCCGUCUUUUGGUUGGUGUAUGUGGUGCUGCUGGUAUCGUACGGACGGAUCGCACAAAAACUGCUGCGAGCUUCACAGGACAAACCCGACCUGCCCAACGCUAUGCGUUACAGCCGCACGGCAAAGAAGUCCUUCGUGGUUCCGCUUCUGUUCACCAUCUGCUUUGUACCGUACCACACUUUCAGGUGCUUCUACGUGUGGUCGCAGCUCAGCAACAUCUCCUGUGACACACAACGGUUCAUUGACCGCACGAAUGAAGUGGUGCUGCUGUUUUCCGCGCUCAACAGCUGCCUGGACCCGGUGAUGUACUUCAUGCUGUCUGGAUCGGUGCGCAAGGCUACCAUACAGGCCUUUUCAAGGUUCGUCUGUUCGCACCACGAACCCUCAGCGACCAACAGCUCCACCACUGAGUUCAGGAGAACAUCUGUAUCGCAGGCGUCCACCGCUGCAGUGCUGGCCACAUCGAGAGGGAGUUUGGGUCUGAUCAAGAACCUGCACUGUAAACCCGGCAUCAUUAACACUGCUGAAGGAAACACCUAUACUGGAGCAAACAGCGAUUUCACAGUAGGACUGGGUAAAGAUAUGUCUGAUCAAUAAUCAUCUUCAUUUGAACGAUCUGAGUGAGAUUAGGGUUAGUUUGGAUUAACUCAUUGUGUGUGUCUAAAGAAUUGGAUCCACACAAUCCAUUUGUCAUUGAAAAUGUCUCUUUUAAUCUCCUUUAUGUUCUUUACGGUCAGAUGUUGAUCAAAAACAUGAACAUUUCAUUGCAAGCACACAUGAUGUGGUGAAAAAGCCGUUGGACUCUCCACUGAGACCCUUCUGAGACACUUGCUGUAGUGCCGCUAUUCUUAAAGAGACAGUGUUGUUUUAAUGUUCCACAUAUCAAUGUAAAUACAAUGGAAACAGUAUGUAUGCAUGCAAACAAUAAUAACAAAAAAUAAAUACAUGCAAGAUAAUACAUCGUAUUUAUUGAUGCAUGGAAGUCGUGGAAUUUGUACAUUUUUAAAAAGCUCAAAUGUGACCAAUGAUAAAAAGGAACGAAUGAUAAAAGCAUUUCUGUAAUGUAUCGAGUUACAAGGUCCCCUGUAUAAUUAACCGCAUAAGCUGAGAGAACGUCUUUCAUAUGGAAGCAAAACGGACAUUAUGGGAGAUUUCCAAAUGGUGUUUGUGGCGCUCUUGGAGGGCACUGCAGGAAGGGGACGCCACUUGACGGGUCAUUCCAAACGAAAUUAAGAAACUGAAUCUGCGUUCGUGUGCGUGUGUGUGUGUGUGUGUGUGUAUGUAUGCGCUUUUAUCCAAAGUGACUUACAGUGCACUUAUUACAGGGACAA